GAAUUUGAUUGAAGGGAAAUCACUAUUCCUUUUCUUAUAAAGAGAAACCACUAUUCCUUAUCACUGGCAUUAGUCCAACAAUAUGUCUUGUCAUAUACAUAUUUCAUUUUUGAAGUUACAUCUGAAAAAGAUUUAACUGGAAGAAGAGCUAAGUGCAAAAGAAUUUAAAUAAAUGGAGUGUGUUAUUUCAGAGUCAAUAUAAUAUACCCUGAAAGCAAUAAAUUAGAUACUUGGCGGACCUAUUGACAAAGAUGCAGAAAUAAAUCAAAAUAUAUGCACUGGAAAUAGGUCGGCCAACGGGCAGAGUACAUUCGCCUGCUACUUAAAUAGAUGUACUCAAUGAAAUUGAAAGGAGCAUUAUAUUAUCUAAUGAAAAUUAUGUAACAAAUAAGUGUAAAAUGUUAGGCAAAUGAGAAGCAAUGCUUUAUACAGAAAAAAAUUUACUCGAAUAAGAUAGUUAUGUAAUAAGGACAAAACUAGAAAAAAGGGAGCAGAAGGAAAGGACUGAAACAACAUGGGCUGGUAUGUUGAUGGAAAAAAAAAACCAUGGUUAAUGAAGAAUGUACCUUAGAUCAAAUCAGUGUUGAUAAAUUAAAUAUUUUAGCCAGUAACAGGGUGAUGGUGGAGCUUAUUUGAGUUUUUGUCAAAAUCUGAAGCACUUUCAUCAUUAGAUUUUGUAAGGUUUGAUCUUCAAUUCCUAAUUAUCAAAGUUUAUGCAUGUUAGUCAACUGUUUGAUUCUUUCCUGUGAAAGUGAUUUACUCAAAUAAGCGAAGUAGAUAAAAAUUUGUCUGAAUACACUGAAUAUAGAAAUGCACCAGGAAAAGCUUUAUCCUCUGCAAAACUUUGUGUGGUGUAUCUCUUUGUCGGAAUAGAUCCUUUUCUUUGGUACGGAAAGGUGCACUGGUGGCUGUUGCUCAUUUUAUUAAAGGUUGAGUAAAUGAACAUAUGGUAAAGAUUUAGCCUUUGUUUGUAUGAUUUGAAUUGUGGUUGCUUUGCAAUUCGACAUAUUUUUCAAUUCAUAACCUGUUAAGUGUGUAUGCCGGUGUUGCUUCUUUAUUAAAAUCUAUUAGUCAGGACUUUUGGUUUUGUUGUCGACUUGCAAUUUAGGCCCGUAUAUUUUCCUUGAUAAGUUGUAGUUAUCGGUAUGCUAGCUUAAGAUUUUUAUUAGAAGGUCUAGGUAUUUCGAGUUGUCUCAUGGUUUUCUAUUUUGCUCUAAUUGAUUUCCUAUUCUUUCUCAUAUAUCUUUUAGGCUUUUGCGUUGAGCAUGUGCUCUGCUGUUCUUUCCUAUUCAAUGAUCUAAAGUUCUCUAUUGGUUUUGGACUAAUUUCCCCUUUAUAAAUGACCCUUCUAAUCUUUGUUUCUUUUCCCCUCAUAAUAAACAUGGUUUCUUCUGUAGCUGAUGCCCUUCAUCUCCUGCAGAAUAUGUGUUUACAGAAUGUUAUAUUGAAGUGCACAGGAUUGUUUAGUGCUAAAACUGUUAAGAAGAUACGAAAACCAAAGCUAUGGAAACACUCAGAACCAAUAACAAGAGCUCAGCUUGUGCAGAUGCGUGAUGAAUUCUGGGACACUGCGCCACACUAUGGGGGACGAAAAGAGAUCUGGGAUGCGCUACGUGCUGCUGCAGAGGCAGAUGUGAGCCUUGCACAAGCAAUCGUGGACAGUGCUGGAAUAAUUGUUCAGGCCCCUGAUUUAACUGUCUGCUAUGAUGAGAGAGGUGCCAAGUAUGAGUUGCCCAAAUAUGUUUUGAGCGAACCAACAAAUUUGACUGGUGAAAACUGAUAAGGCAAUAUAAUCAAGUUCCAUGCUUCAUUGACUGUAAAUGGUGUAAAUUGCUCUCACAAGUCUAUUCUCUCAAAGAUUCAUUUCGUUCUAUGCAUUAUGGUCCCCAUUUCGAAGUAUCAAGAAUCCAUCUUGCCACAACAGCAACCAUGCACUAAUGGUAUAGUUUUUGGACAUAAUAUCUCUAGCUGAAGAGGCCUUAGUAUAAGUUUCAAUUUCAUCAAGUACAUUUGUCUAAAAAAAUUCUCUUCCAGGAGGUGCUCUUGUUGGCAAAGCAAAUGAGCCAGCCUUUAUUGUAUACUCUUUUAGUCAUUACGCUACACUGUUAUAUUCACGAUACGGCGAUAAGGGGUUCAGAUUAAUAUUCUAUAUUCCUGAUUAAGGGGUUUACAUGUAUUAGUGCUGCAGAAUUUGUCAAUUUUGAGUCUAGCGAUCUACCUGUGCACUUGUGUUGUCGAUUUCCUUA